AUGGGCAGUAUAUUCGGCCUGUUAUUGCAUUCAUUGCUACUGCUGGGCCUUGUAGCGAGCAGUCAUGGGGAGAGCGCCCAGUCCCCGUUGCUGCAGGCCGGCAACGACACCAUCUCCGGGGAGCUCUUCUUCGAGCUCGAGGAACUGGCGCGCAUCGUCGACAUAGCGUACUGCGUAGGCGCGGCUGGACUGGGCAUCCAGGAGCCGUUCGAGUGCGCGAGUCACUGCGGCGACGAGGACUUCAAGAACUUUGAAUUGGUUACCGCUUGGAAUACCGGGCCUCUGCUGUCAGAUUCCUGCGGAUACAUUGCUCUAUCACAUCCUCCUUCGAAGCCGCGCAUCAUCCUAGCCUUCCGCGGCACCUACUCGAUCGCAAACACCAUCGUUGACCUCUCCACCGUUCCUCAGGAAUACGUCCCCUACCCCGGCGAUGACGACGACACCACCUCAGACUUCAUCGCUCCAAAGAUUCGACCCCUGAGACCCUCCAACGAGGACGAGCCUCCGCCCUCCGACCCGCCCAAAUGCGAGAACUGCACCGUCCACACCGGCUUCUACACCUCCUGGCUCAACACGCGCAAAGCGAUACUGCCCUACCUCACCGAAGCCGUCGAAAAGCAUCCCGACUACUCGCUGGUCCUAGUCGGCCACUCGCUCGGCGGCGCAGUCGCCGCGCUCGCGGGUCUCGAUCUGAAAGCCCGGGGCUGGAAUCCCCGCGUCACCACGUUCGGCGAGCCAAGAGUCGGGAACAAAGAACUCAUGGCGUACAUCAACGCCCGCUUCAACAUCACUACUACUAAAACUAGUUCCAACGACUUCCACCGCGUCACACACGUCAGCGACCCGGUGCCGCUGCUGCCACUGGCGGAAUGGGGCUACACGAUGCACAGCGAGGAGAUCUUCAUCUCCGCGCCGGAUUUGCCCUUCGCUGUAAGCGACAUUCAUCACUGCGAGGGCGAUGAGGAUCCGAGGUGUAUAGCGGGAAGUGAUGCUGAUGGGCCUUCGUGGGGCAUCCCCGCGCGGUUCAAGUUCUGGCAGCUGUUCUUUGCUCAUAGGGACUACUUCUGGCGGCUCGGCCUGUGUGUCCCGGGCGGUGAUCCAAAGGACUGGUAUCGGAAAUAUCCUAAGCAUGGCGAUGGCGACGAUGAUCACCUUGAGGAAGCUCAGGAGCUCUGA